UCGGGCGACACGGUCGAAGAAACAUGUGAGCUCGGAAAUCCCCUCCGAACGAAAUGUCGUCGAGGAUCCAGGCGGCGAUGGCAGCCACGGGGAAGGGAUCGGACAACUACGAGCGCAGCAGCAGCAGCAGUUGUGCGGAAAGCGCUGAGGACAAGGAGAUUUGGCCGUGCGAGAAGACGAAGAGGAGGACGAGGAGCAGCAGCAGCAGCAGAAGUCGUGGGAUGGGAUGUUGUUGAGUGGCCAGGGCGUGGAGUGCAUGGCUGGGCUCGAGCCUGCUUUCGUCGGAUUAGGGCGGAUUGCGAUUGCGCUGGUGGGCCAUUUCGAUUCUCGCACAUGCAGGGCCACCACGUAGUCUCGGGCUCGCUGCCUUGGGAUGCUUGCUGGUCGAUCCGUCCGGGGAGAAAUUGAGGGAGCGAGCGACGACAUAACGACCUUCGUGUACGUACCAGUUCUUCGGUAGAGCGUACUCCGCUGGGCCAAGGUCCAUGGAAGCGCCAAUGAGAUCCAUCCAAGGGGAGGGGAAGUGGGGAGAGAGAAUUUGAUUGAGGUUUUGCGGGAAUGGGGUUGUGAGUUGAGUUCAUUUGUGGGAGAGAGUGGGCGGAAUUUGCUCCUCUCCGUUUUCUUGUUGCUCGCUAACCACUCCAGUCCUGCACCGAUUUGAACAAUGUUGGAGCAUUGAAUGCAUCAAGCUGGAAGGCCAGGUGGCAGGAGAUUGGUGGUGGUCCCGGUGGGGCUCAUUUUGUCACAAACCCCCGCCCGGCCUGUCUCCCGAUGCCCGUGCGCCCAAAACCCCACCCCACCUCCGAAGCCAGACGAGAGGGAGGGCAGGAAUGAAGCUCGGCAGAGCUCGAGUUUAGCCGAAUGUGGAAAGCUGUCGUCGUCCUCCUCUCCUCCUCCUCUUCUUCUUCGUCUUCGUAGUGCUCCGCUUCGUUCGCUUGUUUAUUGGAGGGGUGCGAGUCUGGCAGAGGACGAAACGCAGGAAUUUCUCUCUUCGUCGAAUCCCAGCUCUGGGCUCUCCGCCCUCCCCGGACCCCAUCUCGCCCUGUUACGGUCUCGGGUGUCCUUUUGCGCUGAGCUUUAACACAGGGCAUCUGUUGUGCUCCCCCUCCAAGAGCAUCGAACUCUUGCGCUUCCCUGCUACCUUCCUUCCUGCCCUCCCUCCCUCGCAUUCACUUCUAUUUCAGCCCGAGGUUGCACUGGAGGCAGACGUGGUGAGCUCUCGUCUUUCGUCCGACCGCUCGUCGGUCUGGUCUUGGAGUGUGGACAGUGCAAUCCAGCGACGAGGCGAGGCUGUGAUUCUUGCUCGAGUGGAGGCGGGCAGGCAGGAUUGGAGGGUCAGCUCCGCUACCUCAUCAGUCCAAGAUGGAUGAUGACGACGAUGAUGCCCACCUGCCUUACCACAACGCGCAUCACCACUUGUAUGAGACGACGGACCCGCAUCACGGCGCCAAUGUGCAGGAGAAUGACGAUGAUGGCGAGGAGGAGGAUGAGGAGGAAGAGGAGGACGAGGAGGAGGACGAAGACGACGAAGACGAGGAUGAGAAUAUAGACGACGAUGAAGAUGAGGAUGAAGGUGAUCAAGAACACCAGGAGUAUGAGCAAGAUUUUGAAUUAGAGCACAGCCACAAACGCAGUGUCGUGGCAAAAGCCACCGGAAAUGGAAAUUUACGCAGCAAUGCAACCUCGGCGCCCGCCCUGGCACUCUACCAGCCUGAAAUUGCUUGCCCCUCGGGAAGAAUUGAAGGUGGAGGAGGAGGAGUUGCCGGUGCUGGUCCCGGUACUGGUCCUGCUGGCUCCGCUGCUGCUGCUGCUGCUGCUGUAGGCGGAGACAAGUACAGUGGAAGGGAUGAUUGGACCGAGGGAGCAACACAUGCGCUGCUGGAGGCUUGGGGCGAUCGAUAUGUGCAACUGAACAAGGGAAACCUGAAGCAGGAGGAUUGGGAGGAGGUCGCGGAGGUGGUGAGUUCCAUGAGCAAGUCCCAUAAGACGGACGUGCAGUGUAAGAACAGGCUGGAUACCCUGAAGAAGAAGUAUAAGGUCGAGAAACACAAGCAGUCUGCGAUUGGGAGCCUGGACAGCAAAUGGCCUUUCUACAAACGCCUUGAUCAGCUGCUCAGCGCCACAGUCAAGCGAGCGGGAAUUCCCGGCGGUGUGGAUGCUGGCGUGCCUGUGAAAUCGUCCUUGGACAGGGAGGAUACAAACCGCCGCUCCGGUCGGAAGCACGAAGAUGAAAAUUUCAACAACACUUCGACGAGUUCCAAGUCCAAGGAGAGCGCCGAGAUGACAUUCAGCUCUCCCCUCGAUGACGCUGAUGCUCCUGGCACGGACGGUACCCAGAGCAGUCGGAAACGCAAGGCCAUGGACACGCCUUUCAAGACGCUGGCCAAGGCAAUCACCCGGUUCGGCGAGAUUUACGAGAAAAUGGAAUACUCCAAACAACAGCAACUCAUGGACCUGGAAAAGAUCCGGAUGGAGUUCACGAGGGAUCUGGAGUUGCAAAGAAUGCAGCUAUUCAUGCAGACGCAGGUUGAGCUUGCCAAAAUGAAGCAUGGUUCCAGUGAAAUUGACCCAACCGUCAGUAGUAACUUGAGUCAAUGAGAUUAUGGAACUGUGCAAUUCCAACUCCCGCACGAGCCCUGUCGACAUUUACGGCGGCUAUGGCCCACACUUUUGAGCGAGGCGAUCACAUGUGCUGAGGGUUUGAGAAGGAAGUUCCUUUGUAUAAUAUGCUGAUACAUCCAACUACGCCAGGUAGCAUCGGUGUGCAAGUCCUAUGGCACUUCUCGGUCAUUUCCGUAGAGCUUCCCGACCAGCAUUGAAUAUGGUGGUGGCUCCUAGUGUCAGAACAAAGGAUGACCUUCAACGUCGAAGGUCUUCUGCAUCAGGCGUUGCUGAACUGGUCUCUAUAAAGUUUUAAUCCACAAAAUCAGCACUUGAGCCUGUGUGUACGAUGCUCUAACCUUGGACACCGAGACGGGAACGCGUUUCCAGUUUCCUACGUCUAGUGUUCAAUGGCAGGCAUAUGAAUGCCACGUGAUGCCACCGCCCGGAAACAUAUUGUCUUAUGGAAAGGUCUGGAGGACUCGUUUCUCGGGAUCUAACUUGCUGGAAAUUAUGUGAUUAGAAACGUACCGUCAGCUCAUCCUAGAUGAUCUUUACCUACGUCUGUCACCCGUGUAGAGAUGUCUUUCUACAGAGAUGUAGCAAGAUGUACUCUCAAUUUGGACUCUUUUCGAGUGGAGUAACUGUCUUGUGUCUGGCACACUAUUCCCAGCUCAGCCCAAAUAUCAUGGCAUGCGGGACACAAUCUGCCAUGGACUCGCAGGAUGAUGUUGCCUAUUCAGAAGAAGUGCACGUAGAGUCCUUUAAUGCCUAAUUUUUCUCAGAAGGCAUAGGACUUAUCUCAUAGUCUUUCAUAUCUCGGUCUCUAUCAUUGUGAACACAAUUUCCCGGAUAAUCAUAUGUCUCUGUUGAAGCUGAACGAGCAACCUCGUA